AUGAUGUCUGAACAUAAAGCAGUAGUGAAAAAUGCCGAUAUGUCCGAUGAUAUGCAACAAGAGGCUGUUGAUUGUGCUGCACAAGCUUUAGAGAAAUAUAGUGUGGAAAAAGAUAUAGCAGCAUUCAUUAAGAAAGAAUUUGACAAGAAAUACAAUCCUACAUGGCAUUGUAUUGUUGGGAGAAAUUUCGGAAGUUAUGUGACGCAUGAAACCAAACAUUUCAUCUAUUUUUAUCUUGGAGAUAAUGCGUUUCUUCUCUUUAAAUCUGGUUGAUUCUGAGAAAGUCAAGAUAACAAGAGAAAUAUCAUCAGAAACUAAAUCAAACAUUGUAACACGCAUCUGAUCAUUCUGCACGCAACUCAACCCAAUCAUAUUCACAAACACCAUUUUCUCUAGUACUCAUCAAUUCCCAACUUCAUCUUUCUAAGAACAAACACA